AUGGAGGAUAGGAUCGUUCAAAGGAUAUGCCAUAUGUUGGCUAAUACUGAGGAAAACACAAGAAACAAAGCUUUGAGGGAUCUUAAGAAUUUUUUAUCCAAAAAAGAGGAUGAUAUUGAUCCGAUUACAAUGAAUAAAAUCGCAAAGGCACUGUACUAUGCGAUAUGGAUGUCUGACAAACCCCUCAAACUCCGCGUAGUAUGUGUUCGUAUAGUUCAACUUCACGAUGUUAUGAAAAAUACAAAUAAUAUCUACUCCUACUUUCAUUGUUUAUUCGAAUCGCUCUCCCGUGAAUGGCAUCUACUAGAUAAACAUCGCAUGGACAAGAUUCUGCUGUUUGUUAGAAUUUUAACCGCAGAAAUAUUGUUUUUUUUGAAUAAAAACAAGUGGGAUAUCACUUCUAUAGAUCGUAUAUCUGAUAUUAUCACAGAUGAAGAUACCAUAUAUUCUAAACGUUCUACUGGAUUAGGAUUCCAGUUUUCACAAAUUUUUGUAGAAGAAUUCAAUAAUAAUGUAGAGGACCUUAAAGGAAAAAAUGAGUUUAAUAAAUUAUCGCAGUUGGAAGGAUUGCAUCUUCUAUAUCCGUUUCUGUUCAUCGCUUCAACUUUAGAUCACAAGCACAUGCUCGAUGUUCUACAUUCGUAUGUAUUUCAUAAAUUAGACACUAUAGAAUCAUUUGAUUUAUCUCCUAUAAUAAGCACUAUGAGAUAUCUUUCUGAGGAUCAAUUGAUACCUUUUUAUAAUCGUAAAUUAAUGCUAUCAACAUUAGAAUUGUAUGAUAACUCUGACAUAAAAGUUAAAAAGCUUGAUAAAAAAACUGAAAAUACAUCCAAAAGAUUUUUAGAAAAUAUAAAAUCUGCAUUUGAUAUACCGGACUCUGAUCUAUCGGAUCAUAAUUUCCUUGGUGAAUGUGGAGAUACAGAUUGUCUAGGUUGUGAUUCUAACAACCACUUUGUUUCUUUAUCACAAAGGUUCGGGGGUACCUUAAAGAGAAGGUUGUAUGAUUUAGCUUUACUUAAUAAGACAAAAAAUUAUUUAAUAAAGACAAAGGCAUCUGAUGAAAAAAGUAAAUCUCUUCUAGCUAAACUAAGGGAUCCGAGGGUCCAGGAUCAGUUAUCAUUUUAUAGUUUGUAUUCCAUUAAAAGGCUAAAAUUGAUGGAUCGUUUCAAAUUUAGUGAUGAACUUUAUAAGAUUGUUGAUUUGGUUCGGAAAAAUGAAUCGAUUUCUAAACACGAAGUUGUGAUCGAUGUAAAGAAGGCAAUAGAGAACAUUCGUAAUGGUGUUCCACAACCAUCAGCAUUAUCUACACCAAACUCUCAGAAAAAGGACAAAAGGAAAGUGGUGUUCAAUUUGAAAAAAAAUCAAGUUACUGCCAUACCAAAACGUAAGAAGAGUAAUCUUAGACCAUUUAGUGUGCCCAUAUUGGUGUAG